AUGCCUGGUACAGUCACUGGUCCCCGAACGCUCUACGAUAAAAUCUGGGACGAUCAUGUUGUAGAUGUGAACGAAGACGGCCUUGCCCUCAUUUACAUCGAUCGUCACCUUGUGCAUGAGGUCACGAGUCCUCAGGCUUUUGAAGGCCUAAAGAAUGCCGGGAGGCCCGUUCGACGACCGGACUGUACACUCGCUACUGUGGAUCAUAAUAUUCCCACCAUUUCCCGGAAAAGCUACAAAUCUGUGGAUACCUUCGUCGCCGAGCCAGACUCGCGGGCACAGGUCAUGCAACUGGAAGAGAACGUCAAGGACUUUGGGUUGACUUAUUUUGGGCUAUCUGACAAGCGUCAAGGUAUCGUGCAUGUCAUUGGUCCCGAGCAAGGCUUCACGCUGCCUGGCAUCACUUGCGUGUGCGGUGAUUCACAUACCUCAACACAUGGCGCAUUUGGUUCCCUGGCGUUCGGUAUCGGAACUUCCGAGGUGGAGCACGUUCUCGCUACCCAAACUCUCUUGCAGAGGAAAGGUAAAAAUAUGCGCAUCACCGUCGAUGGCGAGCUCGCGGAAGGCGUUGGCUCAAAGGAUGUCAUUUUACACAUCAUUGGUAUCAUCGGGACGGCUGGUGGUACCGGUAGUGUCAUCGAGUACGCCGGCUCGGUAUUUCGCACCAUGAGCAUGGAAGCUCGCAUGAGUGUUUGCAAUAUGAGCAUCGAAGCCGGUGCUCGUGCAGGCAUGGUUGCACCCGAUGAGAUUACCUUUGCCUAUUUGCGGAACCGUCCCCUCGCUCCCAAGGGCGAGGAAUGGGAUCGUGCGGAGGCAUACUGGAGCACUCUCAGGAGUGACGAGGGUGCUAAGUUUGACAUUGAGGUCAAUAUUAAUGCCGCUGAUAUCCCUCCUACCGUCACCUGGGGCAACUCUCCCCAGGAUGUUGUCGCAAUUACUGGGAAGGUCCCCGAUCCAUCCACCAUGUCCGACCCUUCGAAACGUGCCUCCGCAGAGCGAGCCUUGGCUUAUAUGGGCCUGCAGGCAAACACGCCAAUGGAGGAUCUUUCCCUUCAGAAAGUGUUCAUUGGAUCCUGUACAAACAGCCGCAUAGAAGAUCUCCGAUCCGCUGCCCGGAUCGUCCUUGCUGCCGGUCCCGAUGCUAAGGUCGCCCCAAAUGUACAUGCGAUGGUCGUUCCUGGAUCCGGUCUGAUUAAACAGCACGCUGAGGCGGAAGGGUUGGACGCUAUCUUCAAACGUGCAGGGUUCGACUGGCGUGAGGCUGGUUGUUCAAUGUGCCUUGGUAUGAAUCCAGACCAGUUGGCGCCUGGUGAGCGGUGCGCCAGUACUAGCAAUCGCAAUUUCGAAGGCCGUCAGGGUGCUGGUGGUCGCACGCACCUUGUCAGCCCUGCGAUGGCUGCGGCAGCAGCCAUGACGGGCAAGCUGACAGACGUUCGCAAAUUUUUGGGUGCAGAUGCGGAGGAAAAGAUUGCUGCUGGUCCAAAGUUGAAUCUCGCGAGUGCCUUCGACUUCUUGACCGAGUUUACUGAACCUGCGACGGAGCCUGAGCGCCUGUCGCAUACCCAGACCGCAAUCCCAUCCACUUUGCCGCCUGCUUCAUCCCCCUCUGGUGUAUCGAAGUUCAUCAUUGUGAAGGGCAUUGCUGCGCCCUUGCACAUCGACAAUAUUGACACCGACAUGAUAAUCCCGAAGCAGUUCUUGAAAACUCUGAAGCGGACCGGUCUUGCCAACGCUUUAUUCUUUGCUCAGCGCUUUGACCCGAAAACCGGGGAGAAGACGAAUUUCAUCCUUAAUAAGUCUCCAUACGAUCAAGCGAAGAUUCUCAUCUGCACUGGCAAAAACUUUGGUUGUGGUAGCUCUCGCGAGCACGCAGCUUGGGCUCUGAAUGACUUCGGAAUCCGCUGCGUUAUCGCGCCAAGCUUUGCGGAAAUCUUCCGUAACAACACGAUGCAAAAUGGCAUGCUUCCGUUGCCCUUGUCUGUAGAGGACUGCAAGGACCUCGCUACGGACGCAGAGGCAGGCGUGGAAAUCGAGGUAGAUCUCGAUAAGCAGGAAGUUAGACGCGGUGGGAAGCCGGCUAUCGCCUUCAGCGUUGAUCCAUUUAGGCGGCACUGCCUUGUCAACGGGUUAGAUGAUAUCGGCCUGACGCUGCAGAGGGAGGAGGCGAUCUCUUCAUUUGAGGAGAAACGGAGUGCUCUCUGGUCGUGGUUAGAUGGAUUCGGAUACCAGGGUCAGAAAAUUCCUGUUGCGGGUACAAAACCGGGUAAGAGGAUGGAAUGGUAAAGUGCUGUACUAUUCACGAUAAUUCAAUGGGAUGAAUUUGGUUCCGCUAAUUGAAACAAAGGAUAAUACUAGUACCGUUGUUUGACCGUUGUCAUCUUGUCCA